GGGACGGCGAAGGAUCGGGAGGGUUGGGGAGGGAGAGAGAGAGAGAGAGAGAGAGAGAGAGAAGCGACGAUGCAGGGAGGCCAUCCGGGUGCUUCAUCAUCGUCGGACGGUUACGACCUCUGAGCUCCUCGAGAGGAGGGGCAACACAAUGGUAUGUGGAAUCCAGUUGAUGCACAAGUGGAAGGGGAAUAAGAGCUCCCACCAGCUGCUCUGCGACCUGGAGGAGGACCUCAAGGCCCUGUCCCGGCGCCGUCGUCGUCGCAGUGCCACUGCUGCUGCUGCUGCCGCUGCCGCUGCUACUACUACUACUACCAGCACCACUCUCAGAGUAGAGUUUCUUUAAAACAGCACCCUUUGUGUUAGGAAGGCUUUCUGGAGGAUCGGUGGGUAAAAUUAAUCGCAGUUUUGAAAUUAAAUCUUGGGUGUAAGGCUGUGGGGGCGCUGGUGGUGAUUUGAUCCCUCCGCUCGCUUGAAGCUUGAAGUGAUCUUCUUGUUCCUCUUCCAUUCAGAACGAGUGUACUCAGAGGAAGAAAACCCGUCAUCAGCAUCAGCAGAAGCAGGCUGAAAUGAUGAGUGGCAGAUUGCAGCAGCCCGUGCUCAUACAGCAGCAACAGAAUCAGCAUCAGCAUCAGCACCAGCACCAGCAGCAAGCGAACCAGCAGCAGCGAGCUGCCGGCGAAGUUGCGGGAUGCUAUGGAUGCCCCGGUCUCGUAGACCAGCGCGACAUUGUGUGGCCUAAGCUGCAAGUGUUGAAAGCGAAGUAUUUGCACGACAUGGAGCAGCUGUACAAGCUGAUCACCUCCUUCGACUCACGGUCCUUGAACGCCGAGCACGUGUUGAAGCUGCAUCAUUACAAGGAGGUCGUCCAUCGGGCUUUGACUUACCUCAGAGUGACGAGAGAAAGACUGCCCCUCGAGUUCAACCAAGAGAUUCUGGAAGUUUUCGGAAAGCAGAUCGUGAUGAUAAUCGAGACUUUCAAACGCAAGCCAGACACCGCCGCCACGUCCACAAUGUCAAAGAGUUCGGCCUCGCAUGCAGACGGAAAAAUCUGAGAUUUCACGGUUUUCGGAGAAGGAAAGAGCCUUCUUGCACAGCCAAUGUGGUCUGCACUGAGAUUGACCGAUUGGAAGUGGAGACAGUAUCAGUUCUAGCUUAGAACUGGCCAAUCUAUGGGUAUUUUGAAGUGUGAAGAGGAAGUGUGAAUCGCAGGUGUGCGAAGUGUCAUGGAGAGACGAGUGCGCGGAAAGCCGAUGAGGCAAAGAAGGUUCCCAAAAGUCAUGCGAGACUACGAGCAGCGGCAGCAGCAGCAGUCAAGUAGUAGUCCAUGUUUGGUCAUCAAUGAUGCAGCGACCCUUUCACUUUGAUUCUUUCGUGGUGGGGGCAGGAAAUCAUCAUCGGCUGCAGGCCGGUGUGCGGGAAGAGCAGUUUUCUGCACAUCGGUGCACGGGAUCGGCUUUUGUCAAACCUUUUGCCACCGCCUUCGGCAAGAUUCCUGGCUUUCCGACACUCAGAAAUCAUGAUACGAGUCCACAGGUUUAGGAACGGACAUACUAAGCUUGUCAAGAUGGUGUAUGUUCAAAUCUUUAGGCCAACAUGAUCCCGAUCUGUAGCCAUACGGAUCCAGGAAAAGAAAGCGACACCCGGACUGCGCCGAGAACGUCAGCUCAGCUCUCCGUCCAUGUAUCGCCGUUAUCGAAUUGCAUUGCGGUUACCCUGUUCCACAGCCAGCCAGUAGUGGAGUUUUCAACCAUCUCAUUGCGUGUAUCGAGGAAUUCUUCCUUCUGUUACUCAUUAAAAGUGCCGCAAUUUUGUGUAUCCGGGUCAUGAACAUUUCCACCGUGCCUUUGUUUGUUUUACUUUCCACCGUCAUGUGUUCGUAAGCAUAUUCUCCCCCCGAGCAUGUCCUCACGCAAAUAACUACAGUAUUCUAUGUCGCCUGUAUUGUGCUCCAAGACCACCCUCGAGUCCUCGUCCCGGGCCCAAUCGGGUCGCCUGCAGUGAGUCAAACCCGUCGAAGAAACUCAUUACGAGGUCGACAGAAUUGAGAUAUUUUCCGACUCCCGACUCCCAGCAACAUCAAAUGGGUACCGGCCAUCACGGGAUUCGAGAGUUACACUCACACAGUGGCAGCUUCGCCUGUUGGUUGGGUGGCCCGCUGCAAGUGGGUGGAUGCACUCCCGCACAGUGUCGUCGUUUGCUGCAUCUCAGUAGAAAUCUAUGUGUACUUUUGGGACGAGGGUUUUGUCGUGCGCCCACCGCUGGAAGUAGGAGAAGUAGUGGUAGUGGAAGUAGUCCCCACUGUAGUGCUGAUCCGGAAGCGGAGUGGCAAGAAAACCUCGUAGGGUAUGCGCAUGCCCUCAUGCUUACCAUGAGGCACGAGGACGUAGGGAAUAAAAAGCCUUUAAGGCUUAGGCUUGUAUUCGUCGUCUACAGAGGCGCAACUUUCUGUUUAUAAUGUGACCUCGCUCAGGACAACCCGAGUCCAUAACUUUUAUCCGGGGAUCG